AUGUUGUCCACUGCGGGCCAGGCGCUCCGGGAGCCCGGCCACGAUGUCAUAACGGCCCCUAAGGAGGAGCGGAAGGGGAAGAGAGCUAUGAUGAUGAGGGGCUGGAAGAGAGAUGCUGUCAUCAGGAAGAGGAAGGAGAAAUACGCGGAUGUCUUCGCACCGAGCGCCCUGCCCGAGCUCUUGAGCAGGGACGGGCAUUGUGCGGCAGAGUGGAUGGGAGUUGAGAACGAAAACGGGCAGGAGAACGGAAUGGUCGGAAUAAACGAAUUGAACGGAUUGACCGGAUUGAAGAGCGGCAGCGCGGCGGUCGUCAGCCCGGCCGUCAAGAAGCACCGCGGAGCGGAUAAGUUGGACUCCAUGUUCCCCGUGCCCCCCCCCCCAGCCCCUGUCGCCGUGGGCCUCCCCGGUUCCUCCCCCAAGCAGGUGGUGGUGAUGACCCGCUCAAUCGGCACCAACACCCCAGAAGGAGCGGGCGCUCCCGGGGGCCCUGAGCCAGACUCCGCCUGCCUGGGGCCCUGCCGACCAGGGACCAGCGUCAACCUGGAGGGCAUUGUAUGGCACGAGACGGAGGAGGGUGUGCUUGUGGUAAAUGUGACAUGGCGGAAAAGGACCUAUGUGGGAACACUGUUGGACUGCACCAAACAUGACUGGGCACCUCCAAGGUUUUGCGAGUCUCCCUCCAGCGACCCGGAGAUGCCAAGUGGGCGUGGCCGAGGCAAACGAAUGCGAUUGGCUAUCUCCGAGCGCCCCUGUGUGGAACCCCUCCCGGUCUCCAAGGUCCGGGGCCUAUCACAGCACAGGAGCCGGGGAGGGGGCGUGACCGGAGCCUCGGGGCCGAUCCACAGCAAAGGGCGGAGAGGCAGUCUGAACCUCAUGAACAGCAGCUGUCGGGCUCCUCCGUCCUUUUUCACGGUGGAGGAGGUGAAGCCGGCCAGCAGCACCACCCUCUCCUCCACCCUCUCCGUCCCCGGGAAGAGGAAGGUGAAGCCCCCUGGGGACCUGGACCUCAGCCUGCUCGCCUCCGACGACAACAAACUGGGUAACGGCAAGCGGAUCCGAGCCAAGGCCCGCAGCGCACCGUCCACGCCCCAGGGGAAGGCUGACCCCUCCUUCAUGGACCCUGGGGGGGGCUGCACCUCCUCCUCGCCCCCCCCUCCCAUCCUCAUUGACUGCCCCCACCCCAACUGCACUAAGCGCUACAAGCACAUCAACGGGCUGCGCUACCACCAGACCCACGCUCACCUGGAGGUCGGAGGGCAGAAGAAGCCAGAGCUGGAGUCCCUGAAGGACCCUGAGGGGGGGGAGCGCCUGUCGGACUGUGAGGACGCCCUGGGCAGCAGGACCUACCACACCUCGGAGGCUAGCAGCACUAAUAGCAACAGUGCUAACAAGGCUGCACCGCUCUACAAGGUGACCACACUGGGUUCUCCGAAGAACCGGAGACUGCUCCUGAGCACCGACACGGCCAAAACCAGGAGGACCUCGCUGCUCCGAGACGGGCUCAUCGACGACCUCAGCAACCUGCCCAUCAUCUCCAACAUGACCGUGGUCUUGGAGAACUGCAUGGUCCCCGACCGCAGCUCCACCGUGGAGAUGCCCAAACUGGAGGCAGAGGGUUUGAUUGACAAGAAGGGCGGAGUUAGGGACAAAGGGAAAAAGGCCAAUGGGAAAGCAGAGAAGCUCUCCAAGUCCCGGGCCAACCGCCCCAUCGCUCCGGCCCCGCCCCCCCCUAAGCUCAUCGCCGUCCCCAGCCUAACUAACCCUAACUCUCACCCUCACCAGCCCCCGCCCACACAGCCGCCCACCACCCUGGUCCCCGGGGGUCCCAGCUCUAAGAACCCCCCCCUCACCACUCUAAAGCCCAUCAAGCCAAAGCUCGGUCUUACGGAUCCGUGUUUGGGGAAAACCGCCUUGGUCCCCAGCAGCAAGGAAACCCGGAAGAAAGAGAAACGGAGACUUAAGGACAAACACAGCAGAGACCUGGACAGGACCUCCAGCGGGGAGGCUGGGGUCAAGGCGGAGGACUGUGGCGGCGCUGGGGGACCCAAACCGGCAGCCAGAGAAGCUCCUGGGAGCCUCCUGAAGGAGCACCUCAGUAAACAGGAGGUGGUGAAUGGUCUGACAGGAAGCCAGGAGAGCAGGAUGGCCAGCAUCCGGGCGGAGGCCGAUAAGGUGUACACCUUCACGGACAACGCCCCCAGUCCGUCCAUCGGCACGUCCCUGCGCCUGGAUGCCGGUAGCGGGAUUGGCUCACCAGAUGGUGACAGCAAGAACAACAGCCCCGCCUACUCCGAUAUCUCAGAUGCUGGGGACGAUGGGGGGGCUGUCGAAUGUCAGUCCGACUGUCCAAGAUCCAAGUCAGGCCCUCCUUCCUCUUCCUCCUCCUCCUCCUCCUCCUCCUCCUCCUCCUCCUCCGAUGAGACGCCCAUCAGUCACCAUGGAAACCUUAGCAACAACCACCAGGGGAACGCCAGCAAGACCCCUCCCGCAGCAUCCAACCCGCUGUCAAAAGACUCUCAGUACUACCAGGGCUACGACUCCUACUACCUCCAGGGGUUCAUGCAGAGUGACCGGCAGAACCACUGCGGCCCCGCCUCCCACAAGGGCGUCGACGUCAAGGCAAAGGAACGGAAGGAGGACCUGAAGGAGGAGGAGCCAGUGGACUCUAAGAAGGCGGAGGGCUGCGGUCAGUCCCAGCUGCAGCUGGCCAUGAGUCAGACCCAGACCGCCCUGGCCCAGUCGCUGUACUACGGCCAGUACUCCAGAGCGCUCUACUCCCACCACAAACUGUUGCUGGGCAACAAGUGCUGCGACCAGGCGCUCGGCGGCGCUAAGCAACGGUCGGACCGCGGGCCGGCGGGCCCCGGCCGGGAAGGGGAGGACGGGAAAUACGCAUCAGCAGGGUCAGGAGGAGCGGCUGUGCCGGCCCAAGGGGGGGACGGUACGAAGGGCUGCUGCUCUAAACCCACACUGUCCUACGCGGAGAAGGGCGAACGAGGGGAUCGGGGGGAGAGGGCCGAGCGAGGGCAGCUGAGCAGCAUACUGGACCAACAGCCCGGCACCGUCAAGGCAUCCUCCUCCUCUUCGUCACUUCACAACACUCCGACAGAUCUGGACUCAAAUGGUUCCUACUCCAGUCCCCCAGACAGCCUUGGCUGGGCGUACAGACGGCCAAGAUGCAAACAGCCCCAUUAUCCUCUUGGUCUCCACGGCAACCAGCCAGAGGAAGGGGAGGCGGAGCAGACCAAGGAAUGGCGAGCUACCCUGGAGCCAGUCGGAGCCAAGAUGGCCACCAUCGGGGGAGGCGGAGUUAGAGGAGGAGAAAGGGGUGGGGUCCAACAUGCCACACCCAUCAGUGAAGCGGAGGAUGCUGAGCGAUUGGAGGGGGAGGAGGUGAUAGGCGAGGAGCCAAUAGGAGGGCUGUGUGAGGAGUCGCAGAGCGCCCGGGCAGCGGUGUCCCCCCCCCAGCAGGCCUACCUGCCCUACCAGCAGGCCCCCUACCCCCCUUACCUGGCCCUGACGCGGUCCUCACAAGGCAUGUCUCCAAACAUGGCCCACAGCUACCCUGGUUUCCACUACCCGCUAUACGGUAAGACCGCAGGGCGGGACGACCCCGAGGGGACCAAUCACACAGAGCCGUCCAGCCUGGAGCUCCACCCACCCAGCCUGCUCAGCCAGGGCAAGUCCCCCGCCCCGGGGGAGAAGGGCUCCCCUGAGAGAGAGAGGGAGUUGGAGCGAGAGAGGAACCAGGUGUCCUUUGGCCGCCACCUCCACACCCACCACCACACCCACCUGGGAGUGAGCUACAGCCUGCUGUCUGCCCCGUACGACGUCUACCAAGGUUUGAGUUCCAGAUCCCUGGUCACCAAUCAGGUCACGGGACAGUCCCCUACUGAGUCCCAGGGGAAGAACUAG